UUAUUAUUUUUUCUAUUUCAUAUAGUAUUUUGUGGGUCUCGACCAAGCGCUAGUAGUCGAAUUGUUGGUGGUUCAGUUACAAGAGUUAAUAGCUGGCCGUGGCAGGUGAUGUUGAUCCGAACUUCUGGAAUCCAGUUUUGCGGCGGAUCGUUAGUAGACCCUUACUGGGUGGUGACCGCUGCACAUUGUGUCAACGGAGAAUCGCCGUCUUCUAUCAAAGUGAAGUAAGUUAGGCUUGACAUAUUUCAAAACUAGAAAUAAUACUCCACUUUAGGAACUCCGUGGAGAAUAGGUACAAGCUUUGGGCAAAGUUGGGCAAAGUGAUUUCUGGGGUUGUUUGCGUAGACAAGCUUUAUUUACCAUUGGUCGUGGUAUUCAAGGCAAUCAUCAGCCAGUCAUCAAGCAACGGUCGUCUCCCCCACUCCCUUUCCACAAAUGAUCCUAGAAAUCGUUGCACUGGAAGCUUGUACCCACUUCUUCUGAUAGCUUCUGGAGUGAAUUGCUGCUUACCUUGAUUAUUUUGUUGACCCUAUGUUCACGAUUCUAAUUAUUGGGUCUCCCUAUCCUUACAGAAUGCAGUAGUAGGCUGGGGUUUCUGAUUCUGUACAUGCAAUUUGUGGGAUUCUGGCGCGUUAAUGUCUUGUUUUAAUUAAUCUGCGAUCAGGCGUCAAAAACAUAAUUGUAAUAAUUAUAAUAAUUAAAUUAAUUAAUUAAUCAUCAACAACGAUCACAUUUUUCCUGUAUUAAAGGAUAGUCAUUAUUAAGGAUCUUUUGCAUUUAAUCAUACUUGUCCUUGUUGCUGUCAUCGUCAUCAUCAUCAUCAUCGUCGUCGUCGUCUUCGUUAUCAUCAUCAUUAGCGCCAUUGUCGUCGUUUAUUAUAGUUGCUAUACUUUUCUAACUAUUAAUUUUGAAUUGUAUGUACUUUGUCUCAUUUAUUUUUCAAGGUUGGGAGCUCACUUCAGAACAACCAGCAGUGUUGGAACAGAACAGGAAAUCGGGGUUGUACACAUCAUCAGUCAUGAAAAUUAUCAUGUCCCGUUGAGCUAUAGCAACGACAUCGCCCUGAUUAAGCUCUUACAACCUGCAAAUCUUGGAGUAGGCAUCGGGCUUGUCUGCCUGCCUGAUAUGCGCCAUGCUCUCCCUUUUGACAAUUUAAACAAAAAGUGCUGGAUAACAGGCUGGGGUACACUGUCGUCAGGUGGGUUCCAGCCAAAUACACUCAUGGAAGCUGAGAUACCACUGGUCUCCAAGCAACGUUGUCUGAAUUCCUACCCUGGAAAGAUUGAUGAUUCGAUGCUAUGUGCUGGCCUGGAUGCAGGAGGAGUUGACACUUGUCAAGGCGACAGUGGUGGUCCAUUGGUGUGUGAGUUCAACGGUACAUGGUUUCUUGAGGGUGUGACAAGUUGGGGUCACGGAUGUGCGUAUGCUUCAAAGUAUGGAGUAUAUGCUAAGGUUAGAGAACUGAAAGCAUGGAUAACAAACCAUAUUUAUCAAGCAAUACCGCCUGCUGUUUCGCCACAGAACCAAUCGGUGUCCGCGUUAGGUAAG